AUGGACCGGAGCGUUUCGCCGUUACCCAACCGGACACGCGUCGACAUGGACCCGUUAGUGGACACGCUCACGGACGAAGCCGUCGACGUCGACAAGAAGCGCGAGGCUGUCGCUACCAUCCGCUCGUCGCUAAAAAAUAACCCUGAGAACAAGGCGAGGCUGCUCGCCGCCGGCGGGAUCGACGCGCUCAUCGCGCUUCUCCCGUCCAGCGAUCCCGCCACCGUGGAGCACGCCGUCACGUCGCUGCUUAAUAUGUCUUUAACGGAAGGCGUCGAGCCGUUGAUUACCUCCGCCGGCGGGAUAGAGGCCAUCGUGCCAGUUCUUGGCACCGGGUCGCCCGCGGCUCGGGAAAACGCAGCCGCAGCGCUGUUCUCGCUGUCGGGACCCAUGGAGAACAAGUGCAAGGUGCGCGACGCGGGAGCGAUCCCGUUCUUAAUCACCCUGCUGCAAACCGGCAGCCUGCGCGGGAAAAAGGACGCGUCGCUCGCGCUUUUCAAUCUCUCCCUGGAGUCCUCGUGCGUACGCGAUAUAAUCGCCGCGGGGACCGUCAAAGUCCUAGUGCAGCUCUUAACGGACGCGGAGCCAGGUAUGGAGGACAAAGUCAUGGCCGUGAUUGCGAAUCUGUGCAAGUCGGCGGAGGGACGGCAGUCGGUGCACACGGAGGGCGGCAUCGCCGCCAUGGUUGACGUGAUCGACGGCGGGUCGUCGCGCGCGAAGGAGGACGCGGCGGUGGCGCUGCACCUGCUGGCGACGAACAGCGAGGCGUCGUUCCAGCUGCUGCUGGAAGAGGGAGCCAUGCCCGCGCUGGUGAAGCUCGCGCAGUCGGGCUCCGGGCGCGGCAAGGCCAAGGCAAAAGCCCUGCUGGAUCUGCUGCGUGGCUAUGCAUCGGCCAACUCCCAGAGCUUCCGCCACUCGGGGUCCUUCAAUGGGUCGUACUCGCAGACGUUUGACAAGCGCCCGCCCAUGCAGGCUGGCGAGAUCCGGGACAGGGGGCUCACGGGCGAGCUUAGCUCGUGCUCGUGCCUCGCGUUCGACGAUGAUGUUCCCGAUCCUGGCGCAGCCAUCCCCGCCUAUCAGCCACAAUCGCAACCCGCGAUCGCGUCGGGCCCGCAACGGUCGUCGCAAAUAACCGUGCCGCGGCAGUCGAUAGACGAUUUCAAGGAGGCGACGGGCAACUUCGCGCCGGGCAACAUGCUAGGCGAGGGGUCGUUCGGGCGCGUGUACCAGGGCUCGCUCAACGGUCGCACAGUGGCCGUGAAAAAGCUUGAAGCGAGCUCGCAGCCCGACAACGAGUUCCUCGAAGGGGUGGCGACGGUGAGUCAGCUACAGCACGCGAACGUGACGCAGAUGAUCGCAUUUUGCGCGGACGGCCCUCAGCGCGCUCUGGUUUUCGAGUACGCCACCCACGGCAGCGUGCACGACAUACUGCACGGGCGCAAGGUACCGCGCAAGACAGACGACCCGCCCAUAACCCUGACAUGGCACCAGCGAGUCAAGAUAGCCCUGGGAGCAGCCAAGGGCCUGGAGUACCUACACGAGAAGGCCAACCCGUCUCUCGUGCACAAAUCCGUCAAGUCUGCCAACGUGCUGGUGUUUGAGGGGUUUGAGGGCAAGAUUGCGGAUUUCAAUGUGGCGAACGAGGCACCGGAUCAAGGGUCACGCAUGGUGUCCACUCGUGUGCUCGGCACGUUCGGAUACAACGCACCCGAGUAUGCCACGCUGGGUCGGCUAACGCAGAAGAGCGACGUGUACAGCUUUGGAGUGGUGCUGCUAGAGCUCCUCACAGGCCGCAAGCCAGUGGACCCCAACAUGCCCCGAGGGCAACAGUCGCUCGUCACAUGGGCAACGCAAGGGCGAUUGGCGGAGGAUAGAGUCAAGUCAUGUGUGGACCCCAAGCUUAAAGGCAAUUUCCCAGAAAAAUCCGUAGCCAAGUUUGCGGCGCUAGCUGCCUUGUGUGUGCAAUAUGAUGGUGACUUCCGUCCUAGCAUGAGCAUUGUGGUCCGAUCACUUACACCACUUGUAAAGGAGUCUGCUCCGCAGGAUGUAUAG